GGUCACCAGCACGGCGGCAUAAUGGCCUGCAGGAGCGGCUGCUGCUGCGGCUCCGGGAACAUCAACGAGGACAACGCGCGCUUCCUGCUGCUGGCGCUGCUCAUCGUCCUCUACCUGCUGUGCGGAGCCGCCGUGUUCUCCGCGCUGGAGCAGCCCAAGGAGCGGGAGGCCAAGGAGCGCUGGACGCAGCGCUUCGAGCGCUUCUCCCACAAGUACAACCUGAGCAAGAAGGACUUGAACAACUUCCUGAGGAACUACGAGGAGGCGAACGUGGCGGGGAUCCGCGUGGACGCGAUCAGACCCCGCUGGGACUUCAGCGGAGCUUUUUACUUCGUGGGAACCGUGGUGUCAACUAUUGGAUUUGGGAUGACGACUCCCGCCACCAUCGGAGGAAAGGUCUUCCUGAUGUUUUACGGCCUCCUGGGCUGCGCCGCCACCAUCCUCUUCUUCAACCUCUUCCUGGAACGCGUCAUCACUGUUAUCGCCUUCGUCCUAAAGUCCUGUCACAAGCGGCGCCAUAACAAGGUUGUGCUCCCUCAAAAUGGACGCCGUGCGUCUGAGGAAGAUGAAGAAGGUGCAGCCAGGAGAAGUGGAGAAGGAAGAGGGGAGGAUCUUGCCGGUUGGAAGCCCUCAGUCUAUUGCGUCAUGCUCAUUCUUGGAGCGGCGGCCGUUUUAGUGUCCUGCUGUGCCUCGCUGAUGUACUCGGCAGCCGAGGGCUGGGGCUACCUGGACUCGCUCUACUUCUGCUUCGUGGCCUUCAGCACCAUUGGCUUCGGGGAUAUGGUGAGCAGCCAGAGAGUCGUCUACGAAGGACACGCCAUGGCUGCGUACCGGCUGGGCAACUUCUUCUUCAUCCUGACCGGCGUCUGCUGCAUCUACUCCCUGUUCAACGUCAUAUCCAUCGUCAUCAAGCAGGUCCUCAACUGGUUGCUGAGGAGGCUGGAAGCGCCGUGCCGCUGCUGCUUCCCCAGGGGUCACCAUCCGCACCGGCAUCCCCGGCGGAACGUGGUCGCGCCAGGCCACCUCCGGAACCGCAGGGACCCCUCGAUUGAGACAGACGCCAUCAACGAGAGCGAGACAGACACUGGGCGUAGGAUGUCUGGGGAGAUGAUCUCCAUGAGGGACUUCUUAGCAGCCAACAAGGUGAACUUGGCUAUUAUGCAGAAGCAGCUUUCGGAGAUGGCCAUGGGGAACCCGCGCCAGUCCAGCUCCAGUACACGUCAGAACGGCUUCUCGGGAGGGGUGGGCGCCCUGGGCAUCAUGAACAACCGGCUGGCAGAGACUAGCGUGGACAGAUAGGGCCAACGGUAUCAAUGCCUGUAUUGAAUAUAUACAGAAGAUGAUGGAGGAAAAAUAGCAGAAGUGUGGAUGACCUGAAACUGAGAAAGGCUGACACCAAGCCCCCCCACCCCGAACCCAGAAGCUACUGUACGAAUCCAUCUCAGCUCACUCCCCCGUCAAGAAUCGGCUCCAUGAAUGACGCAUGACAUUCUGCUGGAGCCUCACAUCUGGACCGGUGUGCUGGAACGUUCCCUUGUGAGGAACGCAGUUUCCAUGGUGAUAGAAAAAGCCUGCCUUGAGCCUUGUAUCUACGCUUCUUCACACCUAAUCAAACCUCCACUCAUCUGCAGUUUGUUACUACUCACUGUGACUCUACUCCAGUCCACACUGUAUCUGUCUCUAUACAGUAACAUUAACGAAAGCAAAAUAGCGUUAAUAAA